AUGGUCAAAAAGAAGAACCGGGAAUGGCGAAUCUGUGUGGACUUCACCGAUCUAAACAAAGCGUGCCCAAAAGAUUCCUUCCCGCUAUCCCAUAUCGAACAACUGAUUGAUGCGACAGCAGGGCACGAACUGCUGAGUUUUUCGGACGCCUACUCGGGUUACAACCAAAUUCUAAUGGCCGAAGAAGAUCAGGAAAAAACGACUUUCAUCACUCACCAAGGAACUUACUGCUAUAAAGUGAUGCCGUUCGGACUCAAGAAUGCGGGGGCCACUUACGAGAGAUUAGUCACCAAAAUGUUCAAGGAACGGCUCGGCAAAACAAUGGAGGUCUACAUCGAUGAUAUGCUGGUAAAGUCGGCAAAGAAGGAGGACCACAUUAGCCAUUUGAAAGAAGCCUUCAAGAUAUUGAGGCGGUACGGGAUGAAGUUAAACACAGAAAAGUGCGCCUUCGGCGUGGCCUCAGGGAAAUUCUUAGGUUUUCUCGUAUCGCAAUGA